GUUGUUUUGUACGAUCAUGUAUACAGUGUGUGGUGUUUUUUGUCUGUUGUUCACGACGCUGCAAGUGCAACCCGACUCUCGUGUGGACAUGAGAGAGAAUGAAGGAUAGGCCUAGACCUUCUGGGCACUUGUUUCCAGAUUGUCUUCAAGCCUAAAGAGGAGCUUGUCACUAACAGAUUUGUCCUACGCCAGCGGAUUGCCUCGUACGUGGAGGCUACAUAUCGAAUUAGCAUUUGAAUUAUUUGCAAAUCACUCAAAUGCUUCCUGUGACCGUGGGAGACAUUUGUAGGUUUCUUACUUUGGGAUAAGGAGCAAAGCUGAGCCCGGGUCAACGACGAGUCAGCUCCAAUGAAUGUUUUCUUGAGAGUCAUAGCUGGCUGGGCUACGGCGCGACAUGUUUCGGACGUGUUCCAGACUUGUAAGACAUAGCUUGUUUUUGAAAACACGCAACAGCUCACGGUCGGCAGUAUCCCUGGCUCUACGACCGGUGGAUAUUAGGGAAGUCACGUGUGCGUCUGAGCUAUGGAAGUUGGUCUUGGAGCGGCCUGAUGUAACCGCAAGCAGCGUUGCGUCCUUGUUGGGCCAUUUGAAGGAUCUCUGCACUCAUGUGGAGGGUACGGCGAACUUGAAAACCAGCAACUCAUGUGCCGAAACCAGCAAUAGUAUUGAUGGCGUAUUGGAGGAUGAGCGGAACAUAGUACGGUUUGCUUAUGGCUUCUAUUUACCGCAGAUGCUCGAUCUUUUACCCCAUCUUGACACUAGUCAUAGCCGGCUCGCGCCCCCCAGCGAUGAGCUCCUUGACACUAGUCAUAGCAGUGUUACGUCCUCCGCUGAUAAGUCGCCACACACCGGCUUUGUUCAUGAACUCACCCGUGAUCUGAAGUCGGGAGUGCAGCGUAUGCCAGCCGAUGGUUUAGGCAAGGAACUGCAAGGUCGGAUUCGUGCUGAGCUGAUUGCUUGCACAGAAAGCUACAUAGUCCGGGAGUGCCAUACUUGGCCGGUAGAUGUUAUCAGUAAAGCAUUAAUUGUUUUGUCACAGGUGGAUGGCGACCACCGCUCCACAUACCAAGCUCUGCUCAGCUGCCCACAGAAUAGCAUCGACUCAUUAGCAGACCUUGUCCGCAAGGCCAAACAACCAACUUGGCAAUGUCAGGUGCUCAAAGAAGAGUGCCACAAUGCUUUGCGAAGCCUGGGCGACAAAGCGCUAGCUGUGGCCAAUAUGUCAGCUGCGCGUACUGCACUUGUUACACUGGACAAUGACAAGGGAGCUGUAAUGGAACUGCCAACGGAAAUGUUACGUGAACUUCUUGUUAUUAAAAGUCCAUCUAAGUCUGACAUUUUGACUAUACUCUGUGUCCUGGAACUAGCUGCCAAGGCCAAGCUCGUGUCAACCAGUUCUGAUAAUGAUUUAUUCAACAGUUUGACGGAGUUUGUGGAACAUGUUUCUGAGAAUAACUCCUUGCCAGCAUCUGAUUGUGAAGAAGGCUUGCGCUACAUCGCUGGCAUUGGCCAGGCAUGUGCAAUCUCUUUCAAUGUACUCAUCCGUGAUAACCUGGUCCGGCCACUGGCGUUUGCGCUCGUGAAUUGCCUAUUCCAGGAUGCCCAGCAGCUACGAAUGCAUACCUUGUUCACAGUACUGCGGCUGGUCCAUAGCUUGCGCUGGAACGACAGGACUAUCAUACCGCUGCUGCACGGGCAGAUCUUGAAGAUGCCGUCGUGUCAGCUGGACCCUACCCUGAUGGUGAAUACUUGCUACUUCUUAGCCAACUUGUGCAGCCUUCCCAAAGGCGUCAUUUCCGCAGUGGUGCGAGAUCACUGGCUCAACUUGCACUUUGACCAGCAAGCGAAGGUUGUCCUGACGUCGGCCGUUGUUGGCGAGUUUCUCACCGCCCCAUGGAUCUGUCUUGUAGACAAGAUGAAGGAGGAAGAGUUCAACGCUCAAUUUCGGCAGUUUACGGCAUGGUGCCUGGCAGUUCUUGAUGCAUACGUCGACCUUGAGUUCCACAAGCAUCGUCAGCAAGCAGCGCUCUUGCCACAAAGUUGUGGAGAGGCUGCCAGAAACAAGUGCUCAUCGUCUCUCGAAUGGACUGCUCCCGGAAGCUGGAAAUUUAUGAAGGAUUUGGAACGUGAGCUCAGUUCCUCGGUCAUCUGGCGGAAGAACCCCUGCAGCGAUUUCUUCUUCAUCUCCGGUCUGGCGGCAAUUGUGUUUGAUGAUGAAGGAGACUUUGUCUGCAAUGAUGUAGAGUUUGAUCCGCUCACAAUGUAUCCUGUGUACUUUGUGCAAGGCCGUAUGUGUCCCUCCGGCGAGUUAGAUGGCAUGCAGAAGCUUCUGUGCCGCAUAUGCUACCUCAAAGCAGCAUACUGUGUUCAUGUGAAGAGUGGUAAGGUCGAUGACGAUAUCAUGGACUGUGUGACCAGCAUCCAGGUCUUUAUUAUCUCACAGGAAUCGAUCGAGCCACCACGCUGUGAGAUUGGGCAGUUGGUGGUUGGACCCAACCGUGCUUCCAGCCAGGAGGCGAUAGCUGCAUAGAGCCAGGUGUACUGCCUUUCUUGGUUUUGGAGAUGCUGCCGAUUUCCUGGUGCGACCUUUUCGG